CAGGCCCCGGCGCGGCCCCAGGCUGGCCCGGCACCUCCCUCCCGCGUUGCCCAGGCAGCGGGGCCGCGGCGACGCGCAGGUCCUUGCAGUUGAGCACAAACAGACCAUGCCUCUUCCAGAAACCAUAUUUUGUGGUCAGCAGAUCAAAAUCCCCCCUGAGCUACCUGAUAUUCUGAAGCAAUUUACUAAAGCUGCUGUGAGAACCCAACCCUGUGAUGUUUUGCAGUGGGCAGCUGCCUAUUUUUCAGCGUUGUCAAAAGGUGAACCCCUUCCUGUGAAGGAGAGAGUUGAAAUGCCUUUAGCAACAGUGAAAGCAGAGGUUGGUUUGACGCCAGGAUUUCUCAGAGUCUUGCACAACCAGCUUUCUUCCAAAGGCACAGUGAGUGUCAUAGAACUGAAGGAGAAAUGGAAGAACUUGUGCUUGCCAGACAAGCAGCUGGAAGUUAUCCUCCAGGUGGAUGACUUUGGUGAGGAGGUGGAAUGGAUGAAAGUUUUAGCACUUGGGUGCAGCACACUGGGUGAGUCACUGCUGAGUUCAAUGGAACAUGCCUGCAAAAUCUUAACAAAGGACCCAGAAGGUGGAGCAGCUCCUGUUACCUUUGAAACAUUCUCCUUCCUUUACUCCUACUUGGCCAGUAUUGAUGGAGAGAUACCAGAGGAAGAAACAGAAGCAUUCCUCACCAGAAUUAAAGAACAAGCUGACCAACAAACUGGCAUGGUGCUGCUCAGAAACUUCUUGACUCAGCCAUCAGCAAAGUUUUGAUCAAGCCUAUUCUACAGCAGCAGGGGGAAAAAAAGAUAAAGGAAUAAAUAUGUGUAAGAAAAUAA